CCAAAAUAAAAAGGAAGGAAGGAGUUUAGGUCAGUAGAUUAACAAAAUCUCUCCGCGCCGGUUUUUCUCCAAACUGCAGUCCCAUUAUGUACGGACCGCCACCGCGCUUCAGCCAUCGUGGCGGCGGCCAAGGGCAACCUCCGCCGCAACAGCAAGCACAGCCGCAUAUGAACCCUAAUUAUCUUCUAAACAACAACUAUUACCUCCAACCCCCAAACUUUCCGAUGUUCCGUAGUUUUCCCGUAGAAAACCCCAACAUCCAUACCCAAAACCAUAAUUUUCCCAUUGAAAACCCCAACUUUCAUAUGCAAAACCAUAAUUUCUCCAUUGAAAACCCCAGCUUCCAUAUGCAAAACCAUAGCUUCACUCCUCAUAACCAGUUGUCAAAUAAUAGAGUGAUACCGCAUAAUGGAACUAUGGAAAAGAUCGAUAAAGCCGUUGUAAAGGCACGCCGUGAGCUCAUUGCCGCCGGAGAAAACGUGUCGGCGUUGAAGGUGUCACAGGCUGCCCUUGUAGUACUUCAAGCUGAUUCAUGGGAUUCACUAGGGGUUCAGAUGCAACAUGUACCCUGUCUAUACCGCCUUAUGCUGAUAGAAGGGAAGAUUAAUGCAUUUAUCCAUUGCUUUGUUGAGGUCUGGAAGAUUACCACUUUAUUUGAUUUGGAGAUGGCAAUCUGCAAGAACGAAGGAGUUCAGCAAUUUGAAGAGCUUGAAUUGGGACCUCUCAUCAGGCAUCCUCUUAUAAAUCAUUAUUUUUGUGUGAGUUCUGAUUCAACGGCAGUGUUCAAAAUAUCUUCCCGAGAGAUAAUUUCUUUUCUUGUAGAAUAUAUGGACAUUCAUAAAGGCAAAGAGGUUUUAGUUAAUGAAUUUUUGGAUUUCAUCGCCAACAAGCGAUCAGUUGAUAGCAAGGAAAAGCUUCAUGUGCGUAUCCAAAGUUUGGGGAUGCAUAUUACUCUUAUUCGGAAAGCAAAGCCUUUGGAAAAUGCCACAGUAAGCAAGUAUCUUGAAAGUUCUGGCAAACAGAAGAAAAAACGUCCUCUUUUCACAUCACAGAAAAAACAGCUUGAUGAAAAUUUUGGUGCCAUAUCCCAACGCCUCAAGUCAUUUUCUUCUGAAAACGGGAAGCACAUACGAUUUCUAUCAAGUUCAGAAGAUGAAGGCGUUGAUGUAGAAAGCGAUGAAAAUGAAGAUGAAACUUGUUUGACUAGUCAAAGCAAAAGCAAAAACUCAUCUCGAAGGAAGAAAAGUUCUGAUAGAGUUAGCACUUGUCCUUAUCCCUCUGUAAAUGAGGAGAAGACACGACUUGGAAUCACAAGUGAAAAGGAAGAGAAACCUAAUGAAGCUGUAGCAAGUGUGAAUAAAAAGAGAAAAUCUGAUGAAAUAGAAUGCAAUGAUUUUCGUACCCUCAAAUUGCGUAAAAGAGAUGUUGUUAUGAUGAAGAAUGUGAGCCUAAUUGACUAUGGACAUAUAGCUGAUACACUAAGUAAUGAAUCUAUUAUGACAUUUGUCACUUUGUGGAAGGAGGCAUGCAAAGGGAAGAAAGCAUCUGAGGUAUUCAUUCAGAUGUUUGAGUUCUAUGGACCCUCCAAACUUCCAAAGAAGAAAAAAAAUAAAUCGAAAUCGAGAGAGGCAUCAAAUGAGACAUCAAUUGUAAAACUUUGCCAGUCCUAUCCUUUGAUUGGAUUAAUGAAUGUUGCGGUAAAGUCUAUAAAAGAUGGAAUGUGGGAUAGCAUGUAUGACACUCUCCAAACUUUUGAUCAACAAAAUGCUGAGGAUCAUACUGAGAAUGCAACAAUGCAGACAGAACAAGCUGCCAGUAAGCAAGUCUUAAAAGAACAUUGUGAAGUCAGCCUUGAAGACAUUUUGAAGAAAGGUUUUGAAUUUUUUAAAGAUAAUCAUGAAACCCUUUUUAAAAGUCUUUACAAGUGUGAGGUAUGGCUAACUCAACAAUUUGCUGUUGCAAACUUUGAGUCAUUAGGACAUGGUGAUUAUCUCACAUUCCUUGAAAGAAACAUUUCUUCAUUUCCUCCUUCAUUCCAAAAAAUCUUUCAGAGUGAUGGGAAACACUGUAAGCCUUCUUUAGAGGCUUACAUGUCUAAUCAGCUAUUGAAUGUGCUAGUAGCACAAGCCUCAUUACAAAACAAAGAUUUAACCACUAAGAAUGUUGUGGAGUUGCUUACAAAGCAAUUCCCUUUGAUACCUUUCAAAUUAGAUAAAGAAGGUUCUUUAAAAGCCCUUGAAAAUGUUGUGAAAGGCAACAAAAGUAAUCCUGUUUCAAAGGGUGUGCUUUUUUCAGCUGCUUUAUUAGGCCCUUCUGUGAACAAUCAAACACAUGUUUCUUCUAAAGAUGCAAUUGAAGUGUUAAUUAGGGCUCCAAUGUUGACAGAUUUAAAUACAUGGUCACAUUGGGAUGUUUUAUUCGCCCCUUCUCUUGGCCCUCUUACUUUGUGGUUAAUAAAUGAGAUUAAAGCGAAUGAGCUGCUUUGUUUGGUGACUAAAAGUGGAAAUGUGAUACGUAUUGAUCAUACAUCCACAGUGGAUUCGUUUCUAGAAGCUUCCAUUCGUGGGUCCUCUUUUCAAACAGCAGUAAUUCUUCUAUCUCUUUUUGCACUUUAUGGUGGUGAAAAGAAUGUUCCAUUAUCUCUUCUAAAGUGUCAUGCUGAAAAAGCCUUUAAGGUCAUAAUGAAUUAUGAUUCAUCAAAAGACAAAAGUCAACUCAAUAACAAAAUACCCGUUGCAUCUAAGUUUAUGCUAGAAUGUCUGGCUUAUUUACCUGUUGAAUUCCGUUCCUUUGCAACCGAUGUAUUGCUUUCUGGAUUCCGUUCCAUUGUUAAAGAUGCUUCUUCAGUUAUUUUACAUGAAUGCAAACACACAGAACACCGUGUAAUGCUUCAUGAAUUAGGGUUCUCUCUUGGUGUAAUGGAAUGGAUUGAAGAUCACCGUAUCUUUUCUGUUUCUGAUUCCAUUAAGUCAUCUGAAUUUGAUCAAAAAGAGGAUGCAUCUACCAGUUAUACCCCUGUUGAAAGGAAAGGAGUGUUGUCUACAAAGGGUAAUGUGAAAACAGAGAAUUGUCAAGUAACUGAUGUCAUUGGCAAAAAAAUGGAUCACAAGAAAGUGAAGAAACAUUCAUCUAGAAGUAAUAAUGAAAAGGAAUCUGCCAAGAUUAUCGAGUCUAUUAGGAGAGAAGAAUUUGGGUUGGAUCCAAGUAUAAAGGAGGAAGACACUAUUUUGAAGAAACAACAUGCUCGAUUAGGUAGAGCAUUACAUUGUCUUUCUCAAGAGUUAUACUCUCAAGACUCACAUUUUCUACUCGAACUCGUUCAAAAUGCUGAUGACAAUGUGUACCCAUGUGAUGUGGAGCCAACUUUGACCUUUAUUCUUCAAGAAGAAGGUGUUAUAGUCUUGAAUAAUGAGCAAGGAUUUUCUGUUGAAAACAUCAAAGCACUUUGUGAUGUUGGCAAUUCAACAAAGAAGGAGCCUAGUGCAGGGUAUAUUGGUAAAAAGGGCAUUGGCUUCAAAUCUGUAUUCCGGGUUACGGAUGCUCCAGAAAUCCAUUCAAAUGGGUUCCAUAUCAAGUUUGACAUAACCAAUGGUCAAAUCGGUUUUGUUCUACCAACAAUUGUCCCACCUUGUGACAUUGAUCAUUUCAGCAAAUUGGUUUCCAUGAACAAUGAGAAACACUGGAAUACAUGCAUUGUGCUUCCUUUCAAAUCAAAGAAACACGAACCCUUUUCAGUUGAGAAUCUCAUUUCCAUGUUCUCUGAUCUCCAUCCAUCCUUGUUACUCUUCCUUCAUCGCCUCAAAUGUAUCAAAUUCAGAAAUCUUUUAAAUGAUUCACUCAUUAUCAUGAGGAAAGAAGUUGUUGGAGAUGGUAUUGUAAAUGUUUCUUUUGGGGAACAAAAAAUGACUUGGUUUGUGAAAUCCAGUAAACUUCAAUCCAAUCACAUUCGCCAUGAUGUCCAAACAACUGAAAUAUCAAUGGCUCUUAUGUUGGAAGAAGAUUUGGAUAAUGGAAACUACAUUCCAAAACUGGAUCACCAACCUGUUUUUGCUUUUCUUCCUUUAAGAAGUUAUGGAUUAAAGUUUAUAAUCCAAGCUGAUUUUAUUCUCCCUUCAUCAAGAGAGGAAGUAGAUGGAGAUAGUCCAUGGAAUCAAUGGUUAUUAUCGGAAUUUCCAGAUUUGUUCGUGAGUGCUGAAAAAUCGUUCUGUAGUCUCCCGAGUUUUAAGGAUAAUCCCGCAAAGGGUAUUUCGGUCUUUAUGAGUUUUGUCCCUUUAGGAGGGGAGGUCCACGGGUUCUUUUCUUGCCUCCCACGUAUGAUUCUUUCCAAGCUGCUUACUUCCAACUGUUUCCUUCUAGAAGGGGACAACAAGAAGUGGGUCCCACCAUGUAAAGUACUAAGAAAUUGGACCGAUGAAGUUCGUGAUUUAUUACCUGAUAGUUUAAUAAAAGAGCAUCUUGGUGUUGGGUACUUGAAUAAAGAUACGGUUUUAUCAGAUUCUUUAGCAUGUGCUUUAGGGAUUGAAGAAUGUGGGCCCAAGAUUCUUCUUCAGAUCAUGACAUCAUUAUGUCAGAAACGUUCAUUAAAAUCAAAGGGAAUCAAUUGGCUAUGUUCUUGGCUAAAUGUUUUGUAUUUGAUGUUGGUCAAUGUUUCUGUUUCUGAUCAUAGUGAUGAUGUCAUAAAUACCCUUGUUCAGUUACCAUUUAUUCUUCUCUCUGAUGGCAAAUAUUCAUCAAUUCAAGAAGGUGCAAUAUGGUUGCAUACUGAUAAAGUCGAUAGCAAACAUGGUCUUGAAGCUUUUAGGAACUUGUACCCCAAACUUCGAAUUGUCAAUUCUGCCCUUCUUAACAAUACCCAUGUUGAAAACAUAACUCAAAUGCUUUACAAAGUGGGUGUUCAAAAGUUAUCUGCACAUGAAGUUUUAAAAGUGCACAUCUUGCCAGCUAUUUCAGCUGAAAAAGUUAUAUCAGAAAGUAAAGAAUUGAUGACUGAAUAUCUUUCUUUUAUCAUGUUCCAUUUUGAGUCCUCAUGCUCUGACUGUAUACCAGAAAGAGAGAAUCUAUUCUCACAGGUGCGUGACACUGCUUUUAUCUCCACAAACCAGGGGUACAAAAGACUUUUCGACGUGCCAAUUCAUUUCAGUAAAGAAUUCGGGAACACAAUUGAUAUGAGGAAGUUGAUUCAUGGCACUGAAAUGCAAUGGUUUGAGAUUGAUAACAGCUAUCUGAAGCACCCGAUUUCCAAAUCCUUAAAUGGAGCAAAAUCAAAAUGGAGAAAAUUCUUGCAGGAGUUGGGGGUGACUGAUUUUGUGCAAAUAGUGAAAAUUGAAAAGCGAAUUGCAGAUAUACCACAUACUAUUCUCAAGAACAUGAUGUUGGAUGAUGAUUGUAUAUCUUCAGGGUCCAUUGUGGAAGAUUGGGAAUCUCAAGAGCUAACAGGUUUUUGCAGCAUAAAUGGACAUAACAAGCCCUUUAAAUCUUCCAUUUUAAGAACCUUUCAUAGUGUCCAAUGGUUGGCUUCUAGUAUGGAUGAUCAACUUCACUUUUCCAAAGAUUUGUUUCAUAAUUGUGACACGGUUUCUGCAAUUCUUGGUGAUUUUGCACCAUAUGCUGUUCCAAAGGUUAAAAAUGUGAAGUUGUUAAGUGAUGUUGGGUUGAAGACUACAGUCACUCUUGAUGAUGCUUUAUCAGUUCUUCAAGUUUGGAGAACAUCUAAGAAACGUUUCAAGGCCAGCAUAUCUCAGAUGACCAAGCUUUACACAUACAUAUGGAAUGAGAUGAGCAUCUCAAGACACAAGAUUUUGGACAAUUUGAAUUCUCAAGCUUUCAUAUUUGUUCCUCAUUCACAUAAUUCCACAGAUGAAGUUGUAUCUGGUGUAUUCUUAUCUCCCCAUGAAGUAUUUUGGCAUGAUUCCAUCGGGUCAAUGGAACAAUUAAAGUCAACAACAGUAGACCAACAUUUGACUAAUAGUCCUCUCAGCAAGAUGUUAUGCAAUGUUUACCCUGGCCUUCAUUAUUUCUUUGUUACUGAAUUUGGAGUAGCUGAAAAUCCUCCUCUCCUUGGCUACCUUCAAUCUUUGCUACAAUUAUCAUCCACAAUUUUGCCAUCACAAGCAGCUAAAACAGUUUUCCAAGUUUUUAAACAGUGGAACGACGGAAUGGAAUCUGGGAUUCUGAGUUCUGAAGAUAUUGGCUACUUGAAGAAGAGCAUACACAAAAAGAAAAUGACAAUACUUCCAACUGUACAAGAUAAAUGGGUUUCUUUACAUGAAUCCUUUGGUCUUUUAUGUUGGUGUGAUGAUGAACAUCUGAAAAAAGAAUUCAAAAACUUGAACAAUGUCGAUUUUCUAUCUUUUGGGGAUCUUAAUCCUGAAGAAAAACAAAUCCUUCAGGAUAAGAUUUCUGUCUUACUUCGGAAUCUCGGAAUCCCUUUGCUUUCUGAGGUUGUGACACGUGAAGCAAUAUACUAUGGCCCAACAGACAGUAGUUUCAAAGCUUCAUUAAUAACGUGGGCCCUCCCAUAUGCACAGCGUUACAUUUACACCAAUCAUCCAAACGAAUAUUCUCAAUUCAAGAACCAAAAACUCCGAAUCAUUGUGGUGGAAAAUCUGUUCUACAAAAACAUCAUAAAAAGAUUCAAAAUCGAAUCCAACAAACGCCACGACUGCAAUUGUCUCCUACAAGACAACAUCCUAUAUGCAACCCGUGAUUCCGAUUCCCACUCCCUGUUUCUCGAGCUUACCCGUUUCCUAAUCCCCCGGAAUCCCCAACUCCACUUAGCAAACUUCCUUCACAUGAUCACAACAAUGGCAGAAUCCGGUUCCACCCAGGACCAAAUGGAAUCCUUCAUUUCCAACAGCCAGAAGCUAUCAAACCUCCCAAGUCAAGAACCACCAUGGAGUAUCGCCGCCAUGUCAUCGCCGGAAAACGAAAUUCCAACCACCUCCGGUUUGCCAUUAGACCCUCCUCCAAAGCCUACUUCCGCCUCCAAGAAGUUUGGAACCAACUCGAGUUGGCCACCUGUCAACUGGAAAACCGCACCAGGGUUCGAACACGCGUUGAAGACAAAACCGUGUAACAAAAGUGAAGUAAUCGAACAUGAUGAUGACUGGAUCAUCGAAGAGAAUGAAACCUUAAACACAGCUCCAAUGAUCUUGGAGGAGAAAGACAAAUUGGAUUACGAGUUGGAUUACAGAAAGAAUAACGAGUCAUCAUCAUCAUCAUCACAUGGGAUUGUGAGAGAGCAGUUAAGUUUGGGCCCGGUGGGCCAGGGGACCCCACAACAGGUGAUAACGGGAAGGACAGGUGAAGAUGUGGCUUUUAAAUAUUUUAGUGGGAAAUUUGGUGAGAAAAAUGUGAGAUGGGUGAAUGAGGUAAAGGAAUCUGGGUUGCCUUAUGAUAUUGUUGUUGUAGGGGAGGAUAAUAAGAAGGAAUAUAUUGAAGUUAAGGCGACUUCAAGUGGGAGGAAAGAUUGGUUUGAGAUAACAGUAAGAGAGUGGCAAUUUGGUGUUGAAAAAGGUGAUGAUUUUAGUAUUGCACGUGUGGUUUUAUCAGAUGGGAAGUUGGUUCAGAUUACUAUUUAUAAAAAUCCGGUGAAAUUGUGCCAGGAAAGACAACUUAAGUUGGCCAUUUUGUCAGGAAAACAGUAAAAAGAUUGCAUGAAACGGUGAUCACAAAUGUUCAGGUGUUAGUGAUAGGAGUUACAAUUUUGACAAGAUGAGUUUUUAGCAUUUGUAUUUGUAUGUUUUAAAAAGAAAAUGACUUGGGUAUUGAGUUCUUGAAAUCCCCAAAUUAUUUACGCAAAGAUAUUACUAUUAUUUCAAUAUGAAACCCAAAGGGACUGAUCGGACAGAAUGAUGACCCACCCAACUAUUCUCCUUAUGUCCUUAUAUUCCAAAACUUGUAAGAUGA